GUUGAUAUUUGAGAAAAUUUGAGCGUGUCUGCGCGUAUUUGCGGUGCGUGAAAAUUAUUUAAAACUAACAAAUAUGUAGUGAAAUCAUCGAAAAUAAGCAACGCACAUCUUAGCUGGGCCACUGUGCUUUGAGUUUGCCAAAAAUAAAUAAAUAAAAAUGUUGCUUUCGUAACGCGUACUCAGUGUGCAACUUUCCACCAAAGAAAAAGAAAAUUAUAUCCUUGCCCACGCAGGAUAGGCGUGCGAAGCAAACAGGAGAAUAAUACCAAGCCGAAAGCAAUUUGCCGCAGUCACAACAGUGAAUACAAAUUGAAACAAAUCUCUGUAAGAAAUGCAUUUGUGAUUAAAAUAAGUGAAAUGUGCAGCAUGCAACAACGCGUUGUAAAGUAAGAGGCAAGCAGAGGAAGAACAAACAAAACCAAACAGCACAAGCUCACAAACGCAACGUGAGCGAGCGAGCGAGUGAGCGAGGGCUAAAGCUAGCAAGAGAAAGAGAGCAAACACUGUGCACCGCCGUCGCCAGCGUCAGCGUCGGCGUCGGCGUCGCGUCUGCCGCUCACAACAAAUUAUCGUUUAAUUUCUUUCGUUUUUGCACAAACCCAAAGCGGGUGACUUUUAUGCCUUCUGUGCAAGCGUCGUUGCAGCCACCACCAACCACCCGCGAGCGCCUCUUAUCAGCCAUUGAUAACUGACGCCAGCAGAGAGGUCACCGCUCUGUGUCAUGUUUAGCUAAAGACAGCAGACUUUGCUUAAACUUAACACAAGGACAACGCACCGCAGUGUAAAUACUCGAAAGCUGGGAGUUGUCCAAUAGACGACGACGUCAACAACAAUGUCUAAGCACACAGACAACGAUAAUCUGCGCAAUGACAUCUACGAGAAUCUGCCCUGUCAGGCCAUGUAUAAUGAAUCCGUGCGCAAAAUGCAGCAUCAGCACCAACAACAGCAACAUCCUCAGAAGUCCUCACAGGCUGGCGGGCAGCAGUCGGUGAACCAUUUCGGCAACAGUAAUCCAAAUGCCAACUCCAACUCCAACUCCAGCUCGUUAGGCAACUGCAAUUCGGUGUCAGGAAACAACAAACAGCAUCACGCUGUCACUGGCAACAUGCCCAAGGAGAUGCUCUAUGCGACGCCGCUGCGUAAAUCGGAUCGUUACAAGAGCAGCGAACGCAGUCGCCAUGGUGUGGCCAUGGAAGCAGCCUCGUCUGACGCCAAGCUGUCCAAUUUGCGAGACUCGAAUCGGCUGGCCAGCGUGCGGAAUGGUAAUCCCGUGCCGGUCACCGAUUUGGAUGCCAAUGAUGAGGAGGAGCACGUGGAACGUGAAACGGAUGCAAAUGCAUCCACAAGUGCGCUGGUCGGCGGCUCCAAGUACAACAAUCAGCCGGCCUCGUUGGGUGGCAGCGGUACACCCAAUCAGCAGCUGGAGGAUCGACGCAUACUCAACUUUCUGAAGGACACCACGCAGGUGCACAAGAAGCUGGAGAUUAGCGGCCGCGACUGUCCCAAUGCCAGCUUCUCGAAUUUGGCGCGCGAGGAGCAUUUUGCCAAUCUGGUGCAACAGAAUUUCGCACUGGAGCUGGCGCCAACCAAUGGCGGCGCCAUCAGUUCCGCUCCCGAAGAGGAUGGCCUGGAGCUCGACAAGCAGCUGCAGCCGGCCCCUGAGACAGCCGCCAACUUGGAGUCGUUGAUGCAGCGCAAGCACUCGCCGGAUAAGGAAGUCAACGGCCUGGCGCCACUGGAGCCCAGCAAUCAUCGCAUUGUGAGCACCGUCUAUAUACAUCGGGAGUGGGUGCUCAAGAAGAUUGCCCUCUGCCUGGAGCAGCGCACGGCUGGCAAGAAGCCUAUGCCGGCUGCACUUGGCGCUGCCAGUGCCGGUUAUGUGUCGGCGCGCGCCAAGGCGGCGGCCAUAUCCAGCUCCAGCUAUAAUGGGUGCCUGGUGCUGGGUUCAAAUGGCUCUGGAAAGACCUCUAUUUGCCAGGCCAUCAUGAAGGGCAACUCCGGCACCAAGGGUAUACUCAAUCGCAAGCUGCUGGCCUGCUAUCUGAUCGAGUCGCAGAAUCCUGAGUGCCACAGCCUGUCGCUCUUUAUGCGCAAGAUUGUGCUGCAGCUGCUCAGCCAUGCCUCGCUAAUAAGCCGGGACGAUAGCCAGAAGAUCAUCGACGAGGGCUUCUCCUUUCUGCGCGAGGAAGCCCAACAGCAGGAGUCUAAGUUGGACGAGGCAAUGAACAAUAUCACGCUCAGCGAGAACGCCGAGGAACUGCUCAUCGAGGAGCUUAAGCGUGGCGCAAGCGAAUGCGAUACCAAGGAGCUGGACAAUUUUCAAAUCCGACGCACUUCGACCACUCAGAAGCCGGCAAAGUCCAAUCUAACGCGACAGCAAUCGGAGCCGGCGCCAGCACAGUGUCUGCUAUCACCCGACCUAUCGGAUCUGACGGAGAAACCCGCCACCAACAACUAUGGCACACAUCCGCCCAAGCGUGGCGGCAGUGCUGCAGUUCAGGAGCGCGGCGAACAGGACAAGGAUACGGGCAGCGAAAAGGAACAGAAGCAAAUUCGUGAGCAGAAAGAGAAGGAAAAGGAGGUGCCCAAAAGCAGUCCCGUCAAGUCCAAGUCCAAGAUACCCGUCAAGCGCGGUCGUACCGGCAGCGGCGUCUCCUCGCCGGCCAAGCAGGUCACGGCCACAGCUGUCAACAGCAAUAGCCAGGCCAUACAGCAGGGCGGCGGCGAGGAUAUUGCCGAUUUGGUUAGCGAGCAGCUAAAGAGUGAGAUUGAGGCGGCCAUCAAGGAUGACAAGCUGGAGAAGCACAACGAAGACAAGCCCGAGGCGGACAAGGAUUUAACAGAUGAGCAGCCGCAGGAGAAGGCGUCGCAGCAGGAAACAACAAAUGAGGAGCCGGAAAAGUCAGAGGCGGAGCUGCUCAUUGACUUUGGUGCCAGUGCGGAGCGUGUGGAGCUACCCAAGGAGGACGCACAUACCACAACAAACAUAAUACCGCCUGUGCCUGGCGAAAAGCCAAAGAUUAGGAACAGCAGCAACACAUUGCCGCCACCGCUGCCCAAGACAAAGAGUUGCCGCACCAUCAUUGCCGAUGGCUAUUACGAGCUGCUGAUGUCCAAUCCGGAGAUUCUCGAGUGCCUCAGCGUUGACAGCAUUGAGAAGAAUCCCGAUGAGUGUUUCAAGAAGGCGCUGCUCUUCCCACUGCUCGAGCUAACGCCGCCAAAGACCGCGUUGCUGCUGCUCAUCGAUUCCAUCGAUGAGAACUACAUCAAUGAGGGCAAUUUGAUAUCCACGCUUAAGGGUGGCCGCGGCACGGUGACCAGCCACAAGAGUCGCAACGUGGCCGAGCUACUCUCGAACCACAUACACCUCUUUCCCAAGUGGCUGUUCCUCGUUUGCACCACCAAGAAGCAGACGAAGCAAAUAACUAGAAUGUUUACGGGCUUUAAGAAGAUAACGCUGGAUGAUUUGCGCAAAUCGCACGUGGUCAAGGAUGUGCAGGAGUAUAUCAUAAAUCGUUUAAAUUCCGAUUUCAAGGACAGCAUCAUGUUGACCAAGGAGAUCAUCGAGUCGCUCCAUCAGCUCUACAUCAAAUCAAAUGGCUGCAUAUUGUACCUAGAGAAGGUGCUGCACGGCAUCAAGGACAACUUUUUCAGCUUUCGCGAAAUCAAGCUAAUACCAUGCACCCUGAACGGCCUGUACUUGUACAUCUGCCAAAAGUCCUUCAACAAGAAGCAGUACAUGAAGAUACGGCCGCUACUCAACGUGCUGCUCGCCUCCUCCGGUUACGUGGACAAGCUCUUCCUCUUCAAUUGUCUGCGCACACACAACUACACCAUCGAUUGCCAGGAGUUCGAGAAGCGUUUGCAGCUCAUGCGCAACAUUUUGGCCUAUGAUGCGAAUGCGCAACGGCUGAAGAUUUUCCACAACUCUUUCGCGGAUUGGCUGGUGGAUGUGAAGUUCGCCACCAAAAAGUUCAUCUGCGAUGUGAACGAGGGCCAUGUCAUGAUCUCCAUGUACUACCUGCUGGUGGCGGAUACGCUGUGCGCCAACACGGUGCGCCGCUUCGCCUAUCAUCUAAUUAAGUCCGGCGAGUACUUGACCAGCCGGCACAUCGAUCUGGAUCUCAUCUUGAUGCUGCUAGAGUCUCGCCUGAACCUGAGCGAUUGCUUCUAUACAAAUCAUUUUAACUGUUGCGCCCAGUGCGAGCACGACUUCAAGAAUGAUGUCAACUUUUUGGCCAAGACACGCUCCAUGCUGGAGCGUUUUCUGACCAACGAGCUGAGCGAACCGUUUGCGCAGUUCCUCUGCGAUUUCUUCAAGCCCAGUCUGCCGACAGAUGCCAAGAUGCUGAAGCUGCUGAUCGAGACGGGCAUCAAUAAUGCCGACACACAAAACUCCUGCGAGUCGUCGCUAAUGUCGCCGGAGCUGUCGGAGAAGUCACAGAACAUUGACUUUGAGCUGGCCGAUCUGCUGCUGUCCAGCGAGAAGAGCUGCCUGCUGGAGACGCAGCGCACGAUCAGCCCCUCGGAGCAGAGUGAACCGCCGCAUGAGAGCCAGGACGAGAAUGCCUCGAGCACGCUGCAUCAGCUCUCCGAUUCGCAUCACAUUGAGCUACACAAGGGCAAAGCCCUGAUCCAUAUACUUGCCAACGAUGGCAACCAUCAGCUGCUGGAGCGCGCUCUAAAUGCCUGCAAGAGUCCCAUUGAUCUUGAGAUAGAGGAUUAUAACGGCCAGACAGCUCUCAACAUUGCCUCGAGAAACGGCCACCUGGAGGUGGUCAAGCUGUUGCUUAGCUUCUCGCAGCCCUGCAACGAUGGCACCGGCCGCAUGAAGCGUGUGGAUGUUAACCAUGCGGAUCGCGAUGGAUGGACACCAUUGCGUUCCGCCUCCUGGGGCGGGCACAGUGAGGUCGUCCGACUGCUCAUUGCGCAGCCCGCAUGCAAAAUCGAUUUGGCUGACAAGGAAGGACGCACUGCGUUACGCGCCGCCGCCUGGAGUGGCCACGAGGACAUCCUGAAGCUGUUGAUUGAAUCGGGCGCGGACGUCAACUCUGUGGAUCGCCAAGGACGCACUUCCCUGAUUGCCGCCUCGUACAUGGGACACUAUGACAUUGUGGAGAUUCUACUGGAUAAUGGCGCCAAUGUUAACCACCUGGAUCUGGACGGGCGCAGCGCACUGUGUGUGGCCGCUCUCUGUGGCUCCUCGGGCUAUAGCAAGGUAAUCUCCACGUUGCUGGAUCAUGGCGCCAACACGGAUCAGCUGGACAAUGAUGGCAUGUCACCGCUACUUGUUAGCUCGUUUGAGGGCAAUGCCGAGGUCUGUGAGCUGCUGCUGGAGAAUGCCGCCGAUCCGGAUCUGGCUGACUUCAUGGGCCGCACACCGCUUUGGGCCGCCUGCACUGCUGGCCAUGCCACCGUAGUGCGACUGCUGCUCUUCUGGGGCUGCGGCAUCGAUUGCAUGGACUCCGAGGGUCGCACAGUGCUCAGCAUUGGCGCUGCUCAAGGCAAUGUGGAGACAGUGCGUCAGCUGCUGGAUCGCGGCCUGGACGAGACGCAUCGCGACAAUGCCGGCUGGACGCCAUUGCACUAUGCCGCCUUCGAGGGCUUCCAUGAGGUGUGCCUGCAGCUGCUGGACUCGGGCGCCAAGAUCGAUGAGUGCGAUAAUGAGGGCAAGACGGCGCUGCAUUUGGCCGCCCAAGAGGGACGCCUGCGCUGCGUACAGACCCUGCUUGACAUACACUCCAGCUUUGUGGAUCAGAAGGCGCACGAUGGCAAGACCGCUUUCCGUCUGGCCUGCCUAGAGGGUCACAUGGACACGGUGGAGUUCUUAUUGAAGUUCUGCUGCGAUGUCAACUCCAAGGACGCCGACUCGCGCACCACCCUUUAUAUUUUGGCACUCGAGAACAAGCUGGACAUUGUCAAGUACCUGCUGGACAUGACCAAUGUGGAUGUUAACAUUCCCGAUAGCGAGGGACGCACUGCGCUGCAUGUAGCAGCCUGGCAGGGUCAUGCCGACAUGGUGAAGACGCUUAUCGAGGCUGGCGCCGAUGUCAACUCAAUGGACCUGGAAGCGCGCACACCGCUGCACUCGUGUGCCUGGCAGGGCAAUCAUGAUGUCAUGAAUAUACUGCUCUACUAUGGCGCCCUGGCGGACCAUGCGUGCAAGCAGGGCGCCACAGCGCUAGGUAUCUCCGCACAGGAGGGUCACGAGAAGUGUGUCAUUGCGCUGCUGCAGUUCGGAGCCAAUCCCUACAAAUCGGAUCACUGCGGGCGCACGCCCAUUAAGCUGGCGGCCAAGUCUAGUCGCAGCAGCAUACUCAAGAUCUUUGAGAGCUAUACCAAAAAUGAAGCUAGCAAUCCCAAUGAAGCGAAAUUCCAUGCCAGCAUGCUGCGCUCUCCAGACCAGCCGCCGGCUCUGCCCCUGCACCAAAACUUAGCUCCGUAUCCGGCACACGCUUCCGCUUCCUCGGUUUGCUCAGCAGCCACCACUGCUACGGUGCACAAUGGUAGCAAUCUGCAGGCGCUGAAUGCCUCCAGCUCUACGCACAGCUCGAACAACUUCUAUCAGAACACCAUGCAAUCAGAUACGAGCAGCUUGCACAAGCGCAAGAGCGUCAUUUCUAGUCAAUCCACGGGCAGCAGCAACGAUCAGGCGCCGCUCACUUUCACUCAGCAAUUGCAGCGUCAAAGCAAGCUUAGCUCACGCAACAAUCUGAUGGUCAACUCGAAGCAUGCAUCAAGCUCGGCCGCAGCGGCUCACAAAUCCAGCAGCAAUAGUGGCGCAGGCGCCCAUCAGCGGCAUUCACAGAUGCUCCCCGAUCUCAACGAGCACCAGCUGGCAAGUAACAUGACUAAUGAGGCGGACCUAUAUGAUAUGGAAUGCAUGUCACCAUUAUACGCAACGCCUCCGCACUCGCCCAGCAGCGAGCUGAGCUCACCGGGCCAGCUGCCCGCUUUGAAUGCCUUUGUGGAUGAUGACCGUGCUGGACCUAGUGGUAGCGGUUCGAAGCCCGCCUUGCCCGAUAAUCAUUUUGCGCGGGAUACGCAUAUGCGCAUCAUUUUGGGCAAUCUAAAGGAGAAUCAGCCCAGCUCAUCGAGCAGCAAGAGCAAACGCAGCGGCGUCUCGAGCAAUCCGGCAAUGCGGCUCAUUCGCAGCCGCUUCGAUUCGGCGGCACAGCUCAUUAGACGCACCAACAACAUGCUCUCCUCUAGCAGCAAUCAGGGCUCAUCCAGCAUUGGUGUCAAGUCGGGCACCUUUCAGUGGCGCAAGGAGAGUCAAAUGUAAACCCAGGGCGACCGACACAGACAUAAACCUGCAUACUGAAUUCUACAGUAGCUCGUUUUUGACCUUAUUGAGUUUAUACUUUAUAUAAAAAGUAUUUGUUUUUUUGUGAUAGUUUCAAUUUUAGUAUACACACGUAUUAUGUAUUCUUAUUUCAUAUAUAACUAAAAAUACAUCUAGACCUAUUUGCAAGACCGUAGUUUAGGGCACGCGCAAAGUAUUAAGCUGUGUAGAUUCAUCAACGAUUAUAGAGUAUUUCAGUACAUUUUUUGGCAUGCAAUCGUAGAGAACUCCAAACAAGUAGCAUCGAAAUUAAAAAUCAACAAAAAUUAUGCUCUUCGGCAUGCCGAAAAUUAAAUACCCU